AUGGACGAAGCUCUCGCAGCCGAUUUCAAUCAUAUUGAACAAAGCAGUACACCGAAAAGAAUAACUAAAUCUACGCGAUUUUUAAAUAAUGCGAUAUGGCGAUAUUUUAGCUUCGAUUCAAACAGCGGAACCGCUGUUUGUUUGAUAGAUAAUUGUCGUUGUAAGAUUCGGUCAAAACAACCAUCAAACUUGAUUUGUCAUAUUAAAGGUGUCCACAAAAACAAAUCCGACGUCAUACUUAAUGAUAUUGAUGGUAAAAAUAAUACAAGGCGUGGUACAAAACGAAAAGCAGAUGCUCCAAUUUUAAAGAUAAAAAUGCAUGAAGUCGAUAUUUUGCGUAGCACAAUUGGAAUGGUUUGUGAGGAUUUAAUUCCUUUCACCUUUAUGAAUAGCGCUAAUUUUCGACCCCGUUUGUGAGCAGAUCCAAAUAGAAAGAGAUGUAAAAUUAACGGUUAAUGCUUCGAACAUAAAACUUUAUGUUUCACGCGCAGCCGAGCAUUUCAGGGA